UUUCGUAAACGUCUGUCAUUUCCUAUAGUCUAUAUUUUUCUAUUCUCAUCACCUGCAAUUACGGACGCUUUGCGAAAUUUCUAAUAACAGAAAUCGGCAGUCGGAUGGAAAACAAAAAGCACGCGAGAUCACAGGGAACAAUUACUGGCUCUUUUGGUUUCCCACUAACCUUGGUAGAUUUGUGUCGUGGCCUGUGUCCCCACAUCGCCAUGUUUCUAUACUGGAUUUGUAUAAAAGAACUCACAAGAAAAUAUCCAGUCGUACAUCGGGGAUCCUCAACGUUCGAAAAGAUGAAGUUCCAGGCGUUCAUUGUGUUGAUCUGUAUUUGGCUCGUCUUGGUGAAUUGCCAAGAUCCGAAAAAGGACGUCGAAGAAAUCGAACCAAAGACUGCUGAUGCCAAGAAGACUGUGAAGAGGGGUAUCUACGGAUAUGGUGGCUACGGAUAUGGUGGUUACGGAUAUGGAGGCUAUGGAUUUGGAGGAUACUACCCCUAUAGCUUUUAUGGUUGGCCCUAUUCCUAUGGUUACGGUUAUAAUUAUCCAUACUACGGUUCAGGUUUUGGUCACUAUGGUUACUGGUAAACUUUCAGAUGACAGUUAGACCUAAGCCUAUUAUAAUAUUUUGAU